GUCAAUGACGUGGCAGUUGCUACUGUAUAUAAAGAGAUUUUCCUGACGCGUUGCAGUAGAGGUCGACAACGCACCACUUUCGGUACAUAACAGAACUUGAGUUGUUCCAGCGCUUCGUUUAUCUUAAAUCGUCAGGUUGAAACAUGCAGAUCUUUGUGAAGACUCUUACUGGCAAGACCAUCACCCUUGAGGUUGAGCCCAGUGACACCAUUGAGAAUGUCAAGGCCAAAAUCCAGGACAAAGAAGGCAUUCCCCCUGACCAGCAGAGGCUGAUCUUUGCUGGCAAGCAGCUAGAAGAUGGCCGCACCCUGUCCGACUACAACAUCCAAAAGGAGUCCACCCUCCAUCUUGUCCUACGUCUGAGGGGUGGCAUGCAAAUCUUCGUGAAGACCCUCACUGGCAAGACCAUCACCCUUGAGGUUGAGCCCAGUGACACCAUUGAGAAUGUCAAGGCCAAAAUCCAGGACAAAGAAGGCAUUCCCCCUGACCAGCAGAGGCUGAUCUUUGCUGGCAAGCAGCUAGAAGAUGGCCGCACCCUGUCCGACUACAACAUCCAAAAGGAGUCCACCCUCCAUCUUGUCCUACGUCUGAGGGGUGGCAUGCAAAUCUUCGUGAAGACCCUCACUGGCAAGACCAUCACCCUUGAGGUUGAGCCCAGUGACACCAUUGAGAAUGUCAAGGCCAAAAUCCAGGACAAAGAAGGCAUUCCCCCUGACCAGCAGAGGCUGAUCUUUGCUGGCAAACAGCUAGAAGAUGGCCGCACCCUGUCCGACUACAACAUCCAAAAGGAGUCCACCCUCCAUCUUGUCCUACGUCUGAGGGGUGGCAUGCAAAUCUUCGUGAAGACCCUCACUGGCAAGACCAUCACCCUUGAGGUUGAGCCCAGUGACACCAUUGAGAAUGUCAAGGCCAAAAUCCAGGACAAAGAAGGCAUUCCCCCUGACCAGCAGAGGCUGAUCUUUGCUGGCAAGCAGCUAGAAGAUGGCCGCACCCUGUCCGACUACAACAUCCAAAAGGAGUCCACCCUCCAUCUUGUCCUACGUCUGAGGGGUGGCAUGCAAAUCUUCGUGAAGACCCUCACUGGCAAGACCAUCACCCUUGAGGUUGAGCCCAGUGACACCAUUGAGAAUGUCAAGGCCAAAAUCCAGGACAAAGAAGGCAUUCCCCCUGACCAGCAGAGGCUGAUCUUUGCUGGCAAGCAGCUAGAAGAUGGCCGCACCCUGUCAGACUACAACAUCCAAAAGGAGUCCACCCUCCAUCUUGUCCUGCGUCUGAGGGGUGGCAUGCAAAUCUUCGUGAAGACCCUCACUGGCAAGACCAUCACCCUUGAGGUUGAGCCCAGUGACACCAUUGAGAAUGUCAAGGCCAAAAUCCAGGACAAGGAAGGCAUUCCCCCUGACCAGCAGAGGCUGAUCUUUGCUGGCAAGCAGCUAGAAGAUGGCCGCACCCUGUCAGACUACAACAUCCAAAAAGAGUCCACCCUCCAUCUUGUCCUGCGUCUUAGGGGUGGCAUGCAGAUCUUCGUUAAGACCCUCACAGGGAAGACCAUCACCCUUGAGGUUGAGCCCAGUGACACCAUUGAGAAUGUCAAGGCCAAAAUCCAGGACAAGGAAGGCAUUCCCCCUGACCAGCAGAGGCUGAUCUUUGCCGGCAAGCAGCUAGAAGAUGGCCGCACCCUCUCCGACUACAACAUCCAAAAAGAGUCCACCCUCCAUCUUGUCCUGCGUCUUAGGGGUGGCAUGCAGAUCUUCGUGAAGACCCUCACAGGGAAGACCAUCACCCUUGAGGUUGAGCCCAGUGACACCAUUGAAAAUGUCAAGGCCAAGAUCCAGGACAAGGAAGGCAUUCCCCCUGACCAGCAGAGGUUGAUCUUUGCUGGCAAGCAGCUGGAAGAUGGCCGCACCCUGUCCGACUACAACAUCCAAAAGGAAUCCACUCUCCAUCUUGUCCUGCGUCUGAGGGGUGGCCAAUAAUCCGUUACAAUUCUGUGUUCAAGU